AUGACCGCAAGAAUAGUUUUCCGUAUCUUCGUUCUGGCUCUCCUGCUCCACAGCGCAGUAACUCAAAAAUGUCCUGCAGGUGGUAGAUCCGAGAGCUCCAUUGUGGGCUGGAUGUUACGAGGACACGUAUACGACACUCUUCUCGCUGAACUUCCGUCUACGUGCGUAUUCAAGUGUCGAGAAGACAAUCGAUGCCAAAGUUUUAACUGGGUUAUGUCUCUUCUUAUGUGUGAGUUUAACAACAGGACAAAGGAAGCCAGGCCCGAGGACUUUAUUCGAAAUCGAGACAGAUCUUACUAUCGACGCGAUUUACAACGAGGUAAGCCAUUAUUAAGUACCGGGGGUACGGUACUCUUAUAUAUAAAAGAGAGAAGAAAUUUCAAUGUUUGAAGUAUAUGAAAGGCUAGGAAAAUUAGUCAUCUCUUCAGGCCUAUAAAAUGACCUAAAAGAGCUAACAGAUGCAUUUUAUGGAUGAGAAAAAUCCGACAGAAAUUUUUCUAGUUUUGUGCUUAUUCAUGUUUAAAAGACAGAGCAUUUACAGAAGUUAAGAGGGAUGCAAAAUUAUCGUAAAAUCCCACGUUAAAGCCCCCCACCCCGAUUUAAGCCCAUCCAUUUGCUAACGAAGAUAUUAUUCUGGAUAUAAGCCCCCCCCCGGAUAUACGCCCAUCUUAUGUAUAAGCGCGUUUUGUAAAACAGUAGCCACUUGAAACUACGGAAUUGUGAUUGAAAUACAAAUAUGAACUUUGUUAAUGCUACCGCGAGGACCGUUUUUUGUAGUUUUUUUACUUUCGUCAUGUUCCGUUCCGGUUGCUCUAAGGGUUUUGUAGAUGUUUUUGAAGUACAUUCUCCGUUUAUUGUGAUAAAUGUAUUAAAAUUUAACCCUAAAUGUAAUGGUGUAAUGGCAUGUUUGCUUUAAUUCCGUUCAGGUAAACAUUUUUCCGCUUAUACCCCCUCCCACCCCAGAUAUAAGCCCCUCCCCCUCGUUUAUAAGCCCAUCCAAAACCCCUUCUGAAGUUAUAUAAGCCCAGCAGGGCUUUAACGUAAGGAUUUUACGGUAGUUCUGUACUUGCUAUGUUCAAUAGGUAGCAUUCGUGAAUGGAAGAAAUACGAAAGGGGUACCUUUUUUGUCAGAAGCGUUAUAUAAAAGGGUAAGGGGUUGGACGUCGGGGAGGAACCUCCCUGUAUAAAACUUUGCUGAGUAGCGCCCCGUACAUAAAAUAAAAACCUAUGUAGGGGUAAAGGCAAACUGAUAAUGAAGAAUUGUUUUUUAACCUUUCAGUUCCCCUUGGUUCGAUUCAAGAACUACCAGCUGAGACUUGUGACGAAAUAAAGAGGAGUGAAGGACACGCUGUUAGCGGGGAAUACUGGUUUUCCACUAUAAAAUCUGGUACAUCUGUCUUGGCUUAUUGUAAUAUGGAGACCAACGGUGAGUUUACAGUCAGUUAUAAAUCGGCGACUGCCGUUAAGCUGAUUGCGCCCUCUUAUAAGUUAAUUUAUGAUUAUUAGACGACUGACGUAAAUGUUUCAUAUUUAGUCACAGAUGCGGCGACUGAGGGGAUGAAAAAUUAACCGGUAGAUUUAAACUGGAAAGACGCAGAGAAAAACAGAGAAAUUUUAAGGGGAAAAAGACUCUUCUCACGGAGGAACGAGGUCGAUUUCCCGUGAUAACAACGAAGAUGGCAGAUUCCCCGGGACUUGUAACGACCUGUAAAAACCGGCAAUCCAUCUAAUCCAGUCCGUUUAAUUACGGGCAGUGCAUGACAUCAUACCUUGGGUUAUACUUCUGUUAUUAGAAAAUUUUGGGGUACAUGUAAGUGUAUAGAAAUUCUUUAAAGGGCCGCGCAUUAAGAAUUAAUACGUUUGAUGUCCGUUAUUUACCCGCGAAAAGUAAUGCUGUAGUUACUUAAUAGCCCACCUAGACCAGUAGAAAAGGGAAAACAAAAUUAUGAAGCAACAGCACCGGGUAACCCUAGGUUUUUGAAACAGCCUAUAUAGAUAAACUCUGCUUUAGAAGAAUUAUGAGAGAUGUAUAAAAAACGUUGAUGCGUUCAGGCGUGGACAACUCAAUGGCAAAGAAGAAGAAAGCUUUAAGACGUUUUUGUUCCCUGUUGAGGAAAUUCAGACCGUUUUCAACGGGGAUCGAACAAGGUUGAAAAUUUCAUUAUUCAUUCAUUAUUAUUAUUAUUUGAUUUUAUUUUGUUAGGAAGGAGCCUACGAUAGAUCCUUGUGGAACCCCAAUAUGCUUUUUUUUUUUCUAGACAUUGACGAGUGCAGUGCUUCUCCUCCUGUGUGUGACAUCAAUGCCAACUGCUCCAAUACUCGCAGAUCGUAUAUCUGUACCUGCGGGGCAGGAUAUACAGGCGAUGGAAAAACUUGCCAAGGUAGGAGAAAAUAAUUAGCUAAUCUAAAGGUCAGUUACUUUACUGUUAAAACAUCAAUUAGGGAAGUUUCCUAAGGACGUGCGACAUCAUAGCAUUCAAAGGGGCGGCUAAUGAGAUCGGCAAUCCGCUUUCGUAUCCAGCAUUGUAUGACGUCAUACCUCAUGUUCUGCUUCUGCUAGAGCCUAUAACAGUACGGAGCGAGCAACUUCCACGUACUCUUGUAACGGCGUUUUCACUAACGAUUUUGGCGCGAAUUUAGGCUAUCGUUUAGGUCCCCCAAAGCAGUCAGCAAAAGGAAAAGGCCUGAAAAUGGCAUUUUUGACUUUUAAAUAACUCUGCAUCAUGAGCCGCCACUUAAGACUGAUGCGCUACCUCACUUCCGUCCAAAGUGCAAAUGGCGUAAAUUUAAAUCAUCUAGCUCAUAAUAAGGAUUAGAUUUGAAUAAGGAUGUAGGACAUUACAUUCGAACUUAUUUAUGCAUACAUACACUAUUCUAUAAUUUGAUUUAUGUCUACAUUUUAUUGCACAUUUAACCUACUUAUUUUUCUUAAUAUAUAAUUACUUCUUUUAAGAACGAGUUACUUAAAAGUACCGUUAGCAAUUAUUGACUAAGGCUGAGUAGUAAUCCUUCACAUUAUACGAAACCCUAAUUCAUUCAUUGUUUAUUUUUCAUCCAAAGUAUUUCUUAAUUCUUAUUUAAUAAUUUUACCUCAUCGUUUUUCCUUGGAGUGCUCCCCAUCGAGCGAGUUGUUUUACGUAUUAUUGCAAUUCUUCCAUUCAGUUCUAGUUUAAAAUUCAGCUAUUCCGCAUAGUCGUGAACGCUUUUUUUUUUCAGAGUUCGCUGGUGAAUAAUCAGCUAGUCGGCCGCGCCUGGAAACGGAGUUGAUCGAUACCAUAUUUAGAAGAUGCCAGCAAUAUACCAUCGAUUUGAUGGCAUAUUGCUCCAUCCUCCAAAUGUGAUAUCAUCGAAAAAAGAUGCUACCCUAAUCACCUUUUCUUUUCUCUUCCCUUUUAUCAGUUUUACCAAAGAGACUGGCUGACUCCGUUAUCUUAGGAGAUAAUGUGCAUCACUUAGCUAAUUUAAGCACAUGGCUCAAACCAGUCGCCCAAAGCGAAUCUUCACAAUGGAAGCGCUGUUGGCGGGCGUCCGUGGAUGGCUGGGCUGCCAGUACUUUUCACAGCGGAUGUGACAACAAAGGACCAACUGUAACAAUAAUAAGAGUCGGAGGGACGUACAUAUUUGGAGGGUACACUAAGCUCUCAUGGAGUGGUAAGUGACCUUAUUUUUAACAGUCUAAACACCAUACAAAGCCGGCCACCUUUUAGUAUCACACCAGGGUUGCGCAUGCUAAGCUGGAUGGAUUGUUGGCGUACGGACCCCCGAUCGGCCCCUCUCCGACGAUACUCGUUACUUACUUUCUCCAUUUUAACAAAACAAUGUCUGGGAAUUCGAGUUUGCAUGUUUAACACCAAUUCUGUGGGGUUAAUUCAUUAGGGAAUCGUAUUCGUUUUCGUAAUCGUAACUUUGUUUCAUGCAAGAAGGUCAAACAAUGAUACUAUUAAGAAAAUUAACAGCUUUUUAAAUAGCAACAUGAAUUUUAAAAAAAUGUAAUGGGAAAAUGAUGGAUAUGGGUGUUGGAGUGGGUUAGGGCUAAAUAUUUACGAAGACGACUUUCUCUCUGAUUUUCCUUUAAUAAAGCGCAAAUAAGGCGAAGUAGUAGUAUACAAAGUGAAGAAAGUUCUUUUACACAGGGAUGAGUCAGCUUGUCACUGAUGACUUUCACCGUUGUAUAUAAGCGGUUAUAUUCUUCUAAUAUUUCAACAGCCGCAACUCGGCCAGAAUUUUUUGCAAACCAUGUUAGUUUUGACUUUUGAGCCAACUUGAAUGGGUGCAGCUGGAACUUCAAACGUAGCGGGUGGAACUUCGGGAGUUGCAUCAGCUUUCUCUUCCAUAUAUAAUAAUUUUAAAAAGUUUUGUUGUGAAUUUCUUAGACAAGAAAUUUUGCAGGUUCUUCGUCAAGUUAUUGUCCAGGUUUUUUCGCAGGCUGCUUUUUAAUUAUUAUUAUUUUUUUUUUUCAAAAACAAUGUGUUUGGUUGUAAAUUCAGAGCGGCGUUGGCAACCACGAGCAGGCGGCCGCUGCGCAAUGCUGUAAUACCAGCCAGAGACGGAAACGCCGAGUUGAUUACGAAAAAAUCAAGUUGCUUAUUGUAUGUCCGUUUGCAAAGUUUCCACGACAACACCGAGUUAAUUAUGAAUUCUUCUUGCAUGUCCUUUUGCAAGCUUCCACGCCAUCCACUUUGACGAACAUACCAAUGGCUUUUCUACCGAGCAUCAAAAAGCUCUAUUGUAAUCAAUGUUUUGGUGGUCUUGCGCCAAGUCUUGGGCCUCAUGCAAUUUAUAAUAUUUCGCCACAUCUUCGUCUUAAAGGGGUUUCUCCUGUUAAUGAGUUGGGACCCGGUCGCCUCUUUGAAUUUUCCCCUUGA